AUCAUUAGGGUACAGAAGCUACUAAACACCCUCAAAACACAAUUCCCCAUUUCACUGAGCACAUUUUUCAAAUAAUAAAUCCGACCGUUGCUGUAACAUCACCACAAACAAAAUAAAAAUCUGAACUUUUAUCAUUUCUCCAGAGAGCUCUAAAAAUCUGAAACCCAGUAGAUUCAUCGUCAUCAUCAUGCUCACCAUGAGAACCAAAGCACAAGAUUCAACCCCCAAAACAAACCCUAACCCAGAAUUAAUCCAUGAAACCCCAAAGGUCUCUCUUUACGAACAAUGCAGAGAAGAGAGGAUCAAAGAGAAUCUUCAGAGGAUGCAAAAUUUGGGUAUCUUGAAUCUCUCUCGCAAACUCAAACCCCAGACCCGACCCGUUAAAAGAUCUUAUGGUAACCCUAAUUCCUCUCAGAAUCCGACUCCUCCUCUUCAGCCUUCUCGUCGAUCUUCUCGAUUGGAGAACACAACUCCAGUAAUCUACACUGAUGGGAUCUAUGAGAAGGGUAAGAAAACAUCUAAACGAGAGAGUGUGGUGGUGAUUGGUGAAGGGACAAGAGCCGAGAUUUACACAGAGGAACAUGAGAAGCUUCUUGGGAAUACAGAACGAAGCUGGACUUGUUUUGUUGAUGGUUAUGAUAAGAAUGGUAAACGGAUUUAUGAUCCGUUUAACGGUAAGACUUGUCAUCAAUGCAGGCAGAAAACGAUGGGAUAUCGUACACAGUGCAGCGAAUGCAACCUGGUUCAAGGACAAUUCUGUGGUGAUUGUUUGUUCAUGAGAUAUGGUGAACAUGUGCUUGAAGCUCUUGAGAAUCCAAACUGGAUUUGUCCUGCUUGUCGGGGGAUUUGCAAUUGCAGCUUGUGCCGGAAUAAUAAAGGAUGGGUUCCAACUGGCCCGAUUUACAGAAGGAUAGCUGCACUUGGGUAUAAGUCUGUAGCACAUUAUCUGAUUCAAACCAAACGGGCGCAAACUCAAGAUGCAGCCCCAAAUCAAGCUUCUGCAAAGAGAUCACUUUCCUUUCAAGGAAUGAUUGCUGAUGAUGAAGAAGUACCAACGCUUGAGAAUGAUGAUUCCUUGCAGAAAGAGGAAGAUGAAAACACAAACGAAAAUCAGAAUGGUGAUCUCCCUGAAGAAGUACAAAAGCUUCAGAAUAUCGAAAAUCAGAGUGGUGAUUCCUUGAAGAAAGAGGAGGAUGAGACUCCAAAUUCAGCUAGAAGGUCACUGAGCUUCUUAUUGCCUUCUGUUGAUGAUCAAACUUCGUUCGUGGAUGUUCAGGUCUUAAGUUGUCUUGAGCCACCAAAGCAAGAACAUUCAUGUGCCCACAAUGGUGAUGAUCUUCCAGAAGUUCGGGAAAAGAUAGGACGAAACUCGAAUUUGGAGAUGCUACCAGAUAGCGACUUGCUUCCUGUAGAUGAUCAGACUCCAUUUGUUAAUGUUCAGGUCUUGAGUUAUCUUGAGACGCCAAAGCAGGAUAAACAAGAACAUUCAUGUGCCCACAGUGGUGAUGAUCUUCCAAAAAUUCAAAAAUGGACAGGACAAGACCCGAAUUUGGAGACAAGACCAGUUAGCUACUUGAUUCCUAUGGAUGAUCAAACUCCAUUGGUGGAUGCACAGGUCUUGAGUUAUCUUGAGACGCCAAAGCAGGAUAAACAAGAACAUUCAUGUGCCCACAUUGAUGAUGAUCUUCCAGAAAUAGAAGAAGGGACAGGACCAGAUUUGAAUUUGGAGACAAGUUUUGGGGAAAGCCAGACCAUUGUUGUCAAAGCUCAGAACGAGGUCAUAUGCGAUGAGACUGAGACCGGGGGUAAGUCAGUGAGUACUCGAGUAACGAGAAGUAAGAGGAAAGCGGCCCUCGAACCUAAUCCAAAUAGCAUUGGUGGAAGACUAAGGCAGCGUCGAAGGAGCCAAAGUGGAUUUUAGAAGAAGUUUCAGAAGGAAAAUCCAACGUAUUUUGUUAGUCUAAAUUGUUAAGCUCUCUUUUCGACUUGACCCUCUCUGUUUGGUUUUGUUGCACAUAAGCUCUGUUUGGUUUUGUUGCUUAUGUGCAAGCAACUUCAAAAUCUAAGCUUAAGCUCUUUUGUUUCUAACGGAUUAAAUUGAGACUCCUUGUAAGACUCUUUUGUUUAAACUCUAGUUAAUCUAUUAUUUAAGGAUUAGGAAAAAGAAUCUUAUAAGAUCCAAA